AUUUUGGCGGGGAACCAAGAUUGAAUUCGUUGCUCAUAGUAACUUGCCGAAGGUUUGGCUACUGAGUCAAGUUAAAGCAGGGUCUGUCUUCCGGUAGAACAUUACAGUUUUUUGCUGCCUGAUUCUUGACUCUUACGAAAGGAAAAGCUGAGGUAAGUGACCUGUCAGUUAAAGUUAACAUUGCAGCGUUUCAUAAUUUUCUAAGCUCGCAGCAGAUGGCUUUUUCCAUGAGUAAGGCCUCGUUUCCGGAGACUACGAUUAACUCGUUACCAAUGUUCAUGCUGUACUAUCCAAAUCCAAAUUCCCAAAUGCAAGUAUCAUAUAUACUUGAAUAAGCGAUGCAUGUACAUUGAAUAUAAUCAGAUAAGGUGCGGAAAAUCGCUAAUAGAACUGGAUGAGAUUCACUGGAGAUUCCGUGACGGAAAUCAGUCUCUUUUCUGGUGGAACCUUUGCCGGUUCUUAAGGCCUCGCUUUGUCCAUCUUCAGUCACGCUUUUCAUUACUUUUACUUCCCCGCCACCACAUAAACAUAACCAAAGCCACAUUUGGAAGGUCUUGAAAAACCAUACAUGAAGAAGAUGCUGGAUUUAAAUGGAGACAUAAACUUGACUAUUCUCCACAGGCUAGACCGUAUCGAACCGUACUGUGAAAAUGAGCCGAAUAUCGCCUCAGGCGACUCCCAUUUCUUCUUACCCAGAAGAUAAUCAAUAACGCUAUUUAUAACUGAACGCCAAGGCAUUUAAGUAUAUGGUGCCUUCUUUUUAUUGACCUCCUUCGAAAAGUGCAUCAUGCUUUCGGCGUUAUGCACGAAUCAUGUACGUUGACAAAAACAAAACAGUUAAAACAUACUAAUUAAUUCCAUAAGUAUAAUCCUGAAGUCUGGUUAGGAACGGACCGUUAGAAAACUUAUGGGGGGGGGGGGGGGGGGAAGAAAAAAAAAAUUUUGGUGAAGGGAAAAAAAAAAAAAAAAAAAUAUAUUACACAAUAAAACCCUUAAAAAAAUAUAUAUGACAGUCCCAAAAAAAAACCAAAAAAAAAAUUGGACAAAAAAAAAAAAAUUUUUGUGCACAAAACAACUGUAUUUUAUGUCUUUAGUGUCUGUUUUUUUUGUUCGCCCGCAGAAAAAAACUACGCUAUAGUGGCAUAGUUAACAAAAAUGAAGUAACGAAAAAAAAAAAAAAAAAUAAAAACAUAAAAAAAUAGUCCAAAAGAAAAACCGGGGGAGGUGGGGAGGAAGGGGCGUUGAAAAAAUUUAGGGGGGGGGGGGGGGCGAAGUACAAAAAAUAUUCGUGCAAGGGAAAAUUAAAUGAAAAAAAUUCAUGUACGCCAAUUAACCCUUAAAAAAUAUUCAUGCUACGGCCUAAAAGCAAUUCAUACAAGGAAUUUGAUAACGAAAAAAAAUUUGUGCGGCUCAAAAAUCCUCCCCUCCCAUAACUUUUCUAACUCACGUGACGUUUUCUGGUUGUUUGAUGAGGCUCACCAACCCAAGAGCGAAUAACCACGACAGCGACACUAAAAUCGAGAGAAACUGAAACUGAAAUGAUUUGUAGUUGAUAAAAAUCAAAUAUUGUCAUACAUUCAACUGAGAAUUUCAAGUUGGGAUAUAAUUUCAAAAAUCGAAUAUUAUUAUAGUAGAAGAGGCCUGAAUAACAAAAAUGAAAAACUGGUAAAAGAAAUUAACCUCAUGCAAGCGCGUCUUGCGUUUUGAGUGAAAAGAGUCUUUCAUUUGUUUUUCUUAGGCUUAAAUUUUUUUUUGUAUUAGGAAGCGUAUGAAAUCUGGACAGCGUCGGCAGAAUGGCAACCCUUCACUUUUUACGUGUAAGCUAUUUUUUCUGCACUUGAGUUCUAAGGGACGGCGUUGAUCCAAGUUCUUUGAAUAACAAAGACAAAGUUGUAGCAAUUAUAAUGUGUUCGGGUGCAAUAGAAAUUUUAGGUCGCAGGUCUAGAAUGAGACAAACAAAACUUGACGCCGGUGGAGCCCUUGAAGAGCUGUUAAGGGCGGCCCCGCAAACGAGGAAGUAAAAUGUUGCCCAGGGAAACGAGAAAACAAUGAAAGACAUGCUAAUGCUUCCUCCUUUGGGCGCAACGAAAAUAUUCUUUCGUUUCCUAGCAACCAAAAAAUGUAUCGUUAAAUUUCCAUUUAGAAACAUUUUGUCUCUGCAACAAUUGUUUAUCACUUCGUCAAAAGAUUGAUUGAAAUUGGUUAGUUUCCAAGGACAAAUUCUCGGCUGCCGGCAUUCCCUUAACGUCAUUUGAAUGCGCUCCUCUUCUAGUGUCCUAGUUUCUUUGCUUCAUCAAGUAUUUUAUCAACUACUUUUUUUAAUUGUUUUAUCUUACCUCUUUUUGACUAUGGGGAUAUCAUUUGGGGUGAUCAGGGAAAUGUCUCCUUGAUGUCUGAUCUACAAGUGUUGCAAAAUAAAGCAGCCCGACUCAUUUAGAUCUUCCUGCGCAUUGUUCUGCAUCCGAGGCACUGAAGAGACUUGCAUUGGGUGGAAGUCUUUAUUACGGCGUAGAAUGGAACAUCAAGCUAUUUUUAUGUACAAGUACGUAACAGUCAUGUUUACUGCUUGAUCCCAGUUUCAUUCAACUGUGAUUUUCAUGAUUAUUAUACACGGUCAACAAAUGACAUUCUCAAAUCCACUGCCACAAGACGCUGGGGUCACUGGUCGUCAGUUCAUUUCACUUCUAAUAUUUAGAAACGUUUAGACACUUCUUUGAGGGAAACAGAGACACUUUCCUCACCACAGGGUCCAGAGGAGUUUCGUGUGAAUAAAUGAAUUACUUGAAAAAUGUCUAUAUUUGUCGCUAAGCACGAUUAAUUAGCCCAAUGGGAUCUUAAUAAAUCUACUGUAAACGAUUUCUUCGCUCCUUAUCUGACCCAGAUCGACUUUGUUGUUCGCUAUUUUGAAAAUCAAUAACCGCAAGCCAUAUCCUCGCUGGCACACGGAACGUCGCCCGAAGUGCAUAUUAAAAAAAAGGACAAGCUUUCCGUAUUUUAUACUGUAAGCCGAUCUUGCGAACCCUCAGUCUCUUGGUUUGGGGUCAAUAGAAUGUGUAACGAAACUGUAACGCGAUCAAAAUAGCCCAUUUUUUCAGAGGUUUUCGACGCGUUUUGAUGUUCUAACGACAAACACAUCUCCUCUGGACCCUGUGUCCUCACGCGCUUCGAAUUGUUUGUGCACCAAGAAUCUUUCUUCCGCAUAACUUUUCCCAGCUUUUUUAAACUUAUCGUUGCCAUGACAGUUCACAGACGGAGUUAGGAAAGGUCCCUUCUAUAUGCAAUUUAACGCCAGUCGUAAAGUGGAUAACAAUUGACAUUAUAGCUUGAAGGAAGUUUAGGUCGUACAAGGAUUAGUAUCCAAUAUCUCCUGCUCCGAGACAAAACCCAGAACAACUAAUUACUUAAAGUAAUUGACAAGACUUGACCUGUAUUUGAUUCGUCAGAUUGUUUCAUCGUGCGCAUUUUUUUUUUCCGUUGUGGAACAGCACGUUCCGUCCUUAAACUUUAAAACACGCGACGAGAUAGGACGUGUUGGUCGAUCCAAAAUUAAGGUAAGUUUAAAGUAUGAGGCAAUUUAAUCGAAUCGAAUUUUAUACUUGGCACGCGUACGGUUCGACAGAAAUUCAAGAGUUUUUGCUUACGUAAUAAGUGAAUUCGCAUAGCGUCAGGAAGACUGUCAUCUUAUCAUCAGGGAAAGACUGCUAGUAUCUCUGCCAAGCGUCUUCAUGUACAGGGUUGUGUACGUACUUAGCCGAUAAGUUUUUUUUGUUUUGACAUCAGUGAUGCGCUCGUUAUCUGUGACCAAACGGGAUUAGGUAGACUGUUCACAGUCCCGGGGGGAUACUUAAGCGAUUUUUGGAUGGUGAUGUGCCGCUGGGACCCUGAAAUCCUUAGCCUACACCAGAGCUAGUUCAAGUGAAUUUUUCUACCCUAUACUAGACUAAACUCCCCAAAUCCCCCCUAUCCUAGAGUAGCUGUUUUCCAGAAACUACUGAGGUCACUAAUACAGUCCAGCCAAAACAAAACAGAUUUGAUUUUUGUUUAUUUUUGAGUAGCAAUUCCCGGUUUCCCUAGUCUACACUAAAAUCUUUAAUCAAUUGAUCAGUUUCCAGCAAAAUGAUACCCUAUUCUAGACCCAAACUCUCGGAUGUAUAUAGCCUAUUCCAGAGUAAACUGCUUGAAAACCAUACCCUUCACAGCGGCAGAUAGCUAUAUAGCCCAUAUAUGGCAGUACCCCCGGGUUCGCAGUCCUCUAUUUUUCCGUGAUCGCGCAAAAAACGGUACCCUGAGUGCCAAAGACUUUUCACGCGCAGUUUCCGGUCACGGUCAUUCUUUGUAGUGACUUCGUUUGGCCGAAGCUGCGUCCGCCGACACCGAAGAGUCCCGCCUCAAGAGCGAGAAAACGCAGCCAGGGUAGCCUACCUGCCAUCUUGAUUUCAAAUGUAUCGAGGUGGUGGUCCCGGGGUAUUCAGCGAUGGGGGAAGUGAGACCGUUCCCCCUCCUCCCUUUAAUUAGAUUUGGCUCAUUAGAAACCAAGAUGGCCGCCCCGUAAGGGUAAAGCCCUGGGAACGAAGUUGAACGGGGAAGGGGGGGGGGGGGGGGGGGAAAAUUUUACGCGCAAAAGGCGGGAACAGGGGACCGUGGUGGCCGCUCCGCUAUUUUUUUUUAAGAGGGGUGGGGGGGGGGGGGGCGGGGGGUGGGGGGGGGGGGGAACUGGCCCCUCCCCCCCCCCUCUUUUUUAAUAGAUGUGGCAAAAAAGAACAAAGGGGGGGCGCCCAGGGAAGGGAAGGGCGGGGGGAGGGGGGGGGGGGGGGGGGGGGGGGGGGGGGGGGUGUGAACAUUUUAGGGAUUGGGCCAUGUCGGGGGUUCCUAAGGUCUUUGGCCACAAGAAACAAAUAUGACGUAAGUCACUUCAAGAUUGUUUACCACUUACAAUUAAAAAAUGGGAAAAAACCGGUGAGUUUGUUCAUGCACGCGCACGGUUUGGGCAAAAUCCAGCCUGAAACUGGCGUCAAAAAUUGAUUCUCAACCAAAGAAAUACGAGCACAAAAACAAGAACCAGUAGAGAGUGUUUCCCAUCGGGUAGGCUGUAGAACGGGCGUCAGUAAGCAGGAGGUGGGCGGAAUGCACUUUGUCCCUCCGCGCGUGUCUACGUCUCGUGCCCCUCGUCCGCCGCCUAGCGUUCGCGUUUGCGGCCUUCUCUCGCCGAUACCUGCUCUGUGUACAUUUCACCCACAGACAAAGGAGUAGAAGGACGCUUAUCGGUUAUCUAAUUAUCCCGUCCUCAUAUCAAAUAAUCGAGGUAUUACUGAACAUGGCAGCUUGCAGGAAAAAUAUUAGUUCAUGAUAUUACGUCUUUAAAACUCAGAAGACCGUGAACAUUGGGAAAGAUUUUUUUCUUGUGGGGAGGGAAAGGGGUAAGGUGAUACUGAAUUUUCAUACUGCCAUUUCAUUAUUUCUUGAGCCAAUUUUCCCUUGCAUGAUACCCUUGUCCCACAUUUUUUGCAAUGGUCCGUCUCUUCAUAGUAGUUGCAAGGAAAAAACCAAAUAGUAAUAAGGAUUGAGAAAAGUAACCUACAAACGGUAACAAAAAUGCGUUUGUGUACCCUUCGUGGUUUUCAAGUUUGUUGCGUGUCCUCAGUAGACGUGUUUUCUUUUUUUCCGGGGGGGGCAGAGGAAAAAGAGAAGAAAAGACCCUCUGAUCGAGCGCGUCCUUAUUUUUGUUUGAAUUGGUCACCACACAACAGACAUUCCUGAAAUAUCUUAGGUGUUUACGGUCUUUACGGUUUCUGAGUUUGCCAAUGACAAAUGUAGGUUUUUUGUCCGCGUAAAAUGUUAUAGGCACGUAUGAACCUCUAACCACGUUUAUUUCAUAGAUGAAGUUUUCCACGGAUGAUAAUUACACGGUGCUAAUGUUUCAGGAAUGGAGGGUGACCUCGAUAACAGGUAAGCCUGACCUUGAUCUUCAAACUCAGUGCACGACAGCAAUGCAUGUUGUUAAAUCUGCAUGCUGUGGAUCUUUGUCAUCUUAUCUGUGAAGUUACUUAGGUUAUGUACUGAAGGAAAUCACGAUUAGAAACCAAAUUUUAAGUUGUUUGUUUCUUAAUCGACUUUAAGUAAGAAAAAAAAACAGACGACGAAAAACAACGAAAUUCUUUUCAUGUCGGUCUUAAAACAUCAGUGAUCAGAAUGACGGGUCGCCCGUGGUGCUGGUUUUCUAAGCCCCCUACAAACUUUAAGUGCUAAUUGCGCUCUUAAAGAGGAGCUAGACGAACCAGCUGAUGAAAGUUAUUGAAAAACCGGUGGAGUAAUUUAGGUAUACUUUAUUCUCCAUUUGCGCAACAACACUAAUAAGUCAAGUCAGCAUUUAAUAAUCAAUGUUGAUACACGGGAUUCAUUUGUGACAAGAUAAGAAAAUUUUAAUUAAUUAUGUACCUUCUGGUACUUUGAGUAACAAUGGGAUGGGGUUAUUAAAUUUGACCCGCGGAACUUCGGGCAUGUGGCGUCCGUACAAAGAAAAGAAAUUCAACAGUAGAAAAGAAAAUCGCAUAUCUUCGCACUAACUUUUGAUUGGAUAGAAGUGCACUUCACAGCUAUUAUUAUUUUCAGUUCUCGUAUUCGAUUAUUUUCUUUUUCUGACUUAUCAUUAAAUUAAAGGUCCUCAUUUUACGUCGGUAACUCGUAAUAAUUCUUAAUUAUGCGUACAAAACUGAGGCCAGCGCAACGCUCAUUUUUCCCUCCUCUCUCCAUCAGUGCUCCGUUGUACGGUUAAAAUCUACCCAAAGCCUACACGGGGGAGUGGGGGGCGGGGAAGGAGUCGAAACAAGGACCUAUCGGUAGGUCACACCUUCAAAUCGAAAUUAGAAACUCCCGCACAGGAUUUAGGGCACUAACCGACUGUGUAAAUCCUUCCUGCGUUAGUUUUUGUGCACAUGCUUUGCCUUGGAUAAACCUCAAGCAGAUUUUCAGCAAUGUCGGACUAGCCUUUUUGAAGACUAUCGAAUGCGAAAAGGAGUCAACACUUACUCCUCCUACCCUCCCCCCCCCCUACCCCCACCCUACUCCCAUUUCCCAAUUUCCACUCGCUCUUAAAAUGUUUAAGUUCACCCUGGCAUUCUACUUAAUUUUAAGUACUUUGAAAAAAGCCUAUUCACAUGCUUAAAUUUUACAUGCCUCAAGUGCGGCGCUUAUUCGAUGGGCGGUGCUUAUUUGAGAGUGGCCUUUAUUUGAAAGUUGGACACGAUAAAGGAUUGUGUUAUCUACAGCAUUAUCAUUUUCCCUAUUAGAAAUAGUAGAAUUAACGUGUUUGAAUUUGGUGGUUUUGAUUAUAUCAGGGCCAGGGCGCUUAUUCGGGCGCGGCGCUUAUUAACUUCUUUCUCCCGAAGCAGUCUGCUCUCGAAGGCAUCGCUUAUUUGAGCGCUGCGUUUAUUCGAGUAGAUAGGGUACGUCGUCAUCUCUUACUCUUUGGUAUCCUGUUUAUAUGACCUGCCUUUUUGGAAUUGCUAGAUAUUAGUGGAUCACUUGUGGCAGUUCUUGCUCUGGCCGUCCUGUACGAGUGUUUGAAAGGACUCCACGUAACGCUGCGAUCCUAUAUGAAAUGGCGUUGGCAAGAUCCGUUGUCCAAUAGCAUAAUUUACAUCUUGUCGAGGUGAGAUUCAAAGAUUUAUUACUAGUACGAUAGAAGUCGUAGAAAUAGACUACCAUCUAAGUGGUAACAAGUUGUGACCUGCAUUUACAUUCUUGGCCGGCAAAGUAGACAGAAUAUUUAGACCAUCUCCCCUCCCCCCAGAUAAAGGAUGAGAAAAUGACACGUUUUGUGCUUCGCUUAAUCCUUGAUUUCAGGGUGUAGAGGAUUCUUGCUGAUCCAUUUUAUUCUCUCCAAUAACAAAAAUAUCGCUAACAAAAGGGUGGGGAAGCGGUUUCUGCGGGGUUGGUAUGCUGAAAAAUUAUACAGAGAAAAUCUACGAUUAUGGCAAACAACCAUUUUUCAGUGCUGCUAUACAGCCUUUUGGGCGUCGUCUGUUUUACUUAAGCGUCUGUUAAGGGAGCUGGGCUUCAUUUAACCAGCAAGUCGCGCGUAUUUUGGAGGCGGGCGAAAGCUACUUUUUAGGUUCUGUGGCCGCCAUCUUUGAUUUUGUAAUAGAGGAAGAAUCGCCCAAAUCCCCCAACUUGUUUGAAAUCCCAAGGGGCUGUUACUCGAGCAGAAAUAUUCGCGCACCCGAAGAAAACGCCUGUAAUGAAGACCAGCCUUUAUUUGAAAUUAAUUAUUGAUUUUCCGCUACAGGCUUGACAUUAUCAUGCAGUUUGCAAAGACGUGUAUGUCUGUGGUGGAACUUUUGUUCGGUUACUUCCUGAUGUUGAUCGCUAUGACGUACAACGCGUGGUUCUUUAUAGCUGUUGUGAUUGGUCGCGGGCUGGGCUACUACAUUAUAACUCCACUUAUCGGUUCACAUAUUUCAAGCAGUAGGUAUACUGAUGACGGUUAUUAUGACAUUCCACGAGAUUCUCCAUUCACGAAAGGAAAGCGUCAGCCGUUAUUAGGGAGAGCAGAUGUCUAA